UUUAGAAUCAGAGAAUAAGAGCUGUGUAUAUCACAUGUGGAUAGCCUGCUACGAACACAACGUUUAGCUUGAUUUUCAGACAACAAAUAAAGAAAUAAAGAAAUCCAGGAGGAGUAUGGCUUCCAGCUGCCGGAGACCCGAACACACAGCUCCACCAGAAGUGUUCUACAGUGAAGAAGAAGCAAGGAAGUACUCCCAGAACUCUCGGAUGAUUGAGAUCCAGACUCAGAUGUCAGAGAGAGCAGUGGAGCUUUUAAGCCUGCCAGAGGGACAAGCCUGCUUCCUCUUAGACGUUGGGUGUGGAUCUGGUCUCAGUGGAGAUUACCUCACAGAGGAGGGACACCACUGGGUCGGAGUCGACAUCAGCACUGCCAUGCUCGAUGUUGCUCUGGACAGGGAGGUAGAAGGAGACCUCCUGCUGGGGGACAUGGGUCAGGGGAUGCCUUUCCGACCGGGCACCUUCGACGGCUGCAUCAGUAUCUCUGCUCUGCAGUGGCUCUGUAACGCUGACAAACGGUCACACAGUCCACCAAAGAGACUCUACACUUUCUUCAGUACUCUCUACUCAUCUUUGGCCAGAGGCUCUCGUGCAGUUUUUCAACUUUAUCCUGAAAACUCAGAACAGCUUCAGCUCAUUACCUCGCAGGCCAUGAGGGCAGGGUUCACCGGAGGCAUGGUGGUGGAUUACCCCAACAGCAGCAAGGCUAAAAAGUUCUUCUUGUGUCUGUUCGCCGGUGGGACAGGGGUGCUUCCCAAAGGUUUGGGGUCAGAAACUUCAGACAGGACUGUUGGCAACCAGGUUCAAUACUCAGGACAACGAUGUCGGUUUAACAACAUGAAAGGAAAAUCAGCAAAGAAGGGGCGAGACUGGAUAAUGGAGAAAAAGGAGAGAAGACGACGUCAAGGAAAGGAGGUUCGACCCGACACAAAAUACACUGGACGUCAGCGGAGACCUCACUUCUAGCUGUGACUCAUGCAGCUGCGCCUUCAUUAGUGCCCGGCUGAACCGCACUCGUGUGCGCGCACAUAAACACACGCGGUCACCCCUGGAGCUGCGUCGUGAUUGGACUUUUCAUGUCUUUAAUUCAAGUGGAAGAGAGGCAAGCGAGGAAUUACAGCAAAUCGCUUUUUAUAUUUGGUCAAGUGCUCGGAUGUUGGUUUGUAACAAGCUGUGAGGAGCUGGGGUUUUGAGUUUGAGGUGAAGUACACGACUGAAUAUGUGCUGCAACAAAAAAAAAGACAGCAGAGGAAAUGUUAUACGAAUAAAACAACUUUUAAAGGA